AUGAUCGGAAGUAUGGGAACGAAAGAAGCCCCGCAUCGAGAGGGGACAGAGAUUGGCCUACCAGACCAUGGCUUGGGCAAGAAUUUAUACCUCCUCAAACAGAAUGACCAGGUGAAGGAACUCCAGACUGUGAUACGGGCAAAAAGCACGUCUCGAAGUGACUUCGUAUUCUAUGCCGAUCGACUCAUCCGAUUGAUUGUGGAAGAGGGAAUGAAUCACCUUCCAACUGCCCCCAAGAUUGUGAUCACCCCGACAGGAGCAGAGUAUGAGGGCCUGGCCUUCCAGAAGGGGAACUGUGGGGUCAGCAUUGUUCGCAGUGGAGAGGCCAUGGAGAAAGGUUUGCGAGAUUGCUGCCGGGCAAUGCGAAUUGGAAAGAUCUUGAUAGAAUCUGAUUUGGACACCCACCAGGCUCAGGUUGUUUAUGCAAAGCUGCCUGAUGAUAUCAAGCGACGCAAGGUCCUUCUCAUGUACCCUAUCCUCCGUACUGGGAACACUGUGAUCAAGGCUGUGAAUGUUCUCAAAGACCAUGAUGUGCCUGAAGAGAAUAUCAUGCUCCUGAAUCUCUUUUGCACCCCAACAGGGGCCAAAGCCAUUCUGGAUGUGUUUCCAAGGCUCACCAUCCUUAGCUCUGAAAUCUGUGUAAAGUACAUUUUAUUGGAGAUGGGUGCCAAGCUGAGUUCUCCUGAGCCUAUCUCAAAAGUGAGUGACCCAAUCAGGUGUCCUGUGAGAGAUGGGGGCAGGGAGAAGGAAUUCCGAAGUGAAUGCCCCAUGAACCAGGCAGAACAUCCAGUCCACCAGCCCCCUGUGGGUACAUGUCCCAAAGCCCGCAUCCCAGGGACCAGUGUUAGAAUGGAGGACUUCAACCUGGACAACCUUAUGCCUCCACCCAAUCAGAGCCCAGCUCCUGACCAGCCAUUCCCUCUUCCUACUGAACAUCUCCUGCUGCUCUGUCAGGUGUCCACAAUCCCAAAGGCUGGGACAGGUGAUGAGUUCUGGAUAUACCCAUCACAGCAGAUGUUCUGGAAUGCAAUGCUACACAAGGGCUGGCGGUGGAAUGAGAAGGACAUCUCUGCUAACGACAUGGCCCACAUCAUCCGCAUACAUAAUGUCAACAAUGAAGCUGCUUGGAAUGAGGUCUUGAAAUGGGAAGCAAUGCAUGCCCGUGAAUGCUGCAACCCAAAACUGAAACGGUUCGGUGGGAAGGCAAGUGACUACUCACCCCGGGCACGAAUCCGCCACUGGUUAGGAUAUGAGCUCCCAUUUGACCGCCAUGACUGGAUUGUGGACCGCUGUGGGAAGGAAGUGCGUUACGUGAUUGACUAUUAUGAUGGGGGACUUGUGGAUCCCCAAAGCCACCAGUUUGCCCUACUGGAUGUCCGACCAGCCAUGGACUCUGUGGAGAAUAGGAUGGUGACACUGAGCUUGAGUCACUACUAUGGGAUGCUGUGGGGGGCAUUGAGCAUGUUGCGAGGGAUUGCAGACCUUGUGACAUCAGUCGCAUUCCGCAUCAUCAACAGUUACUUUCCAGAGAAGAUUCCCCCAAUCCAAGAUCUCCUUCUUCUUGACUCUGCCACAACCCUUGCCCUCAAGAUCCGCCAAAAGAAAGUGACAAGUGAGAGGGUGGUGAAGGCAUACAUAAAAAGGAUACAGGAAGUGAAUGGAAUCCUAAAUGCAAUGGUUGAUGAGAGAUUCAAGGAUGCUCUGGAAGAGGCAAAGGCUGUAGACCAGUUCCUGGCAGAAACUCAAAAGACAGAGGAAGAACUGGCCCUGGAGAAGCCCUUUCUUGGUGUCCCCUUCACCAACAAGGAGUCCAUUGCUGUCCAGGCACUUGACAUUGACAUUCACAUACUACAGGGUGAGGAUGCAGGUGAGUGGGUGGUGAAUCUUGGAGGAACCAAUAAGAGAAGCAUCCAGAAGAUGAUGGACAUCAUUCUGGAACUGUAUGACAAUGGGGUACUUGAUCAGAUCACCUUUAUGCUUGAUAGUGCUCCACUCCACAUUGCCAGUCCAGUGGAGGUCCUAUUCUGGGAAACCAUGGCAACAUGGUUGAUGGAAACAGGGAUGAAGAUCACAUUGGGUCUGGUGAGCCGGAAGGACUGUGUAUGUGAGAAGGAUGCCAUAGUUGUGCAGCUGAUGCGGGAGGCUGGGGCCAUCUCAUUGGGGGUCACCAAUGUCUCAGAAUGCUGCAUGUACUGGGAAUGCUUCAAUCGGGUAUAUGGUACCACACGCAAUCCCUAUGACACCCGACGCACCACUGGUGGCUCCUCUGGUGGCGAGGGAGCAUUACUAUCUUCUGGUGCAUCAGCUAUGGGAAUUGGAUCAGAUGUGGGUGGCUCCAUCAGGAUCCCAAGUCACUUCACAGGAGUGUUUGGGUUCAAGCCCAGUGGGGGGCUAGUGUCAAAUGAGGGACAACUACCUGUUGCUGUUGGUGACAUUAACAACAUGCUUGUCACAGGUCCCAUGUCCCGCUUUGCUGUAGAUCUUCCUCUCAUCUAUCGGGUCAUCCUCUCCCCUCAGAACCUCUCACGGGUCCAGCUUGACAAACAGGUGAAGAUGAGUGAGCUGCGUUUCUUCUACACGGAUUGUGAAACCCUUCCACUGACAUCCCCAGUCGACCCAGAAAUCCGUGAUGGUCUAAACCGACUCCUUGCUCACCUCACCAGUGCCUAUGACAUCAAGCCCAUGAAGGUGAGAGUGAAUGGGAUGAAGCGGGCACUAGAGAUGUGGACAAUGAAGAUGCAAGGGGAAGGACCCUCUUUCUGCAAGGAGAUCUCCUCCAUGCAGCCAAAAGAGGUGAAUCCAUUUGUGGAGGGAGUAAAGAGCCUGGUGGGCUACUCAGACCACACCUAUCCAGCUAUCCUCCUGGGGAUUCUUGAGAAACUCCUCCCUCACACCCAGGAGUUCUAUGACAGCAUCAAGCAACAAGCUGAUGCCUUCCAGAAGGAGUUCCAGGAUCUGUUGGGAGAUGAUGGAGUGUUCCUGUUCCCAUCGUGGCCAACUGCAGCUCCAUUCCACAAUCAAGGCCUUUUUCAGGCAGGCAACUUUGCCUACACAGCCAUGUUCAAUGCCAUCAAGCUCCCUGUUGCUCAGUGUCCCCUCCAGCUCAAUCGAGAUGGACUUCCCAUCGGGGUCCAGGUGGUUGGUUCAAUGUAUAAUGACCACCUGCCGCUAGCUGUGGCCCAGGAGAUAGAGAAGGCCUUUGAGUUCAGGGCAUUGCAAGAAAGGAAAACUUACAAGAAGCUCAGGAGGUCCAUCCUCAGCAUCUUCAGGCUGUUGUGGCUCUCCAAUCUUGCUCAAAUCCCAGACAUGGAGGCGGCGGUCUGUGCCACUGGAUGCAAUCACCGAGCCAAAUCCUCCAAACUCUGCAGAGGAAAUAAUCAGGCAUACUUCAUCCUCAAGUCCAACUUCACGGAUAUUCAAUUACCAGGAUCGAAGGUUCAACAAGCCUUCAACAAGAAAUCAUUGUCGAAGCUGCCCAUCCACCGAGAAGCAAAAAUCAUGGCCGCGGACAGUGAGGCAGGCGGUACUCACGAGGCGGAGGUGAAUGCCAGCAAACCCAAGACAGGAAUUCCUGAAGCACCGUUCGUUGAAGAUGUGGAUGCCUACAUGCAGCAGCCAGAGAACAACAACACAGAAGCUGUCCUUCGCAGGCUAGAUGAACUACACAUGAAAUAUAAGUUCCUGGAUUUGAAUCUCGUUUCAAAGAAGCGAAGACUGAAAACUCAAAUCCCAGAAAUUGAGAAGUCCCUGGAGCUCCUGAAAGAGAUAGGCCAUAGAAGGCUGGAAGAAAAGCCGAUGGAGACGCAUUUCUUGCUUUCAGAGCAACUGUAUGCAAAAGCUACUAUUCCACCCACCAACACUGUGGGAUUAUGGCUUGGAGCAAAUGUGAUGCUGGAAUACUCUGUAGAGGAUGCUCAGGCUCUUUUGGACAAAAAUCUUGAGAUGGCUCAGAAGAACCUUCGUGAUGUUGAUCGGGAUCUUGAUUUCCUCAGGGACCAGACAACCACCACUGAAGUGACCAUGGCUCGAAUCUACAAUUGGGAUGUUUCAACCGGGAGCCCGAACCACACGGACCCCAAACACGGCGGGCAAGUCAGUUUUGGAAAGGACAACGUCGCCCGCAUCAGAGACGGGCAACUCACGGAAGCUGUUAAAGGUACCAUCCCUAAACAUUUGAGGGAGCAUUCUGCAGCAAAUGCUGGAUUGGUUAUCAUGGGCUGCUCCAGCGGUGGACCCGCUGUCCGUGGACGAAGCGACGGACCACUCCUAGUGGUCGUUGAAGUGGACGUUUUCGUGGUGGUUUUUGGUGGCGUUUUGGCUGGAGGUGGUGAGACCAGGGGAGGACUCUUGCUUUUCCGCCUGGUCAAUUUGGUUGGGGACUGGGGACGUCGGCCUGGUUUCGCCUUUUCGGCCCGAUUUGGCACCGGUAUUUGGAUGUCUCGAGAUGGAGACUCUGAUAGCAAAAAGGCUCUUUCGCAGCCGCUCGCAUCCGUCUCCAACACUCGAUCACUGUUAGACGAGGAUGAAGCGCCGCCACUGUCCGUCGGAAUCGUGGAACUGCUGUCUGAACUUCCCACUUCACCAUCUGAUGGCACCGAUUGCCCCUUCUGGUUUCAGUUCUGUGGUUCGCUGGGAGGAUCUCUCAUUGUUCUAGAUCCAUAG